UCAUAACAGAACAAUCCCUACAAAAUAAAAUUCAUUAUCUAUGUCAUGAAAACAUACAUUUGAUAAACACUAGAAGAGAAGUGAGAAUAAAAAAAAUAUUUAAAUAAAACUAAGUAAUGAGUGAAUAAAAUAUGGCAACAAAAGGUUUCAAAUUUGUUGCAGGAGGUCCAGAAACCGAUGACCAACAAAGAGUACGAUUUCAAGUCGAAUUAGAAUUUGUACAAUGUUUGGCAAAUCCAAAUUAUUUAAAUUUUUUGGCUCAAAGAGGAUACUUUAAGGAUGCUGCUUUUGUAAAUUAUUUAAAAUAUUUAUUAUAUUGGAAACAACCAGAAUAUGCACGUUAUUUAAAAUAUCCAAUGUGCUUGUAUUUCUUAGAUUUACUACAAUACGAACAUUUUAGACGGGAGGUGGUUAACUCACAAUGUACAAAAUUCAUUGAUGAUCAACAAAUAUUAUUGUGGCAACAUUAUACACGCCGACGAAGUCGUCUCUUACAAACUGCUGCGGCCAAUGGAAACACAACUAAUAAUGAACAACAGAAUAAUAAUACUACGAAUGGUACUAUUAAUACAAAUAAUGGUAUUGGACCUAAGGUCACUUAAAAUUUUAUAAUAUAAGAAAGUUUGUAUUUUUGUUAUAAUUUUCC